UAGACAGAGCUAUGAAAUGGAUAAUAUUUCAAUCUUUAAAAAUUUUAUGUUUCAUAACUAAUUUGGUAACAUAUGGUAAGUAGAAUUAUUCUACAAAAAAAAUUACAUGAAACAAUUUUUUUGAAAAGAAUUUUUUUUAAGCAAAUUGUCCACCUAUAAUAAAAUACUCAAUUGAUGCACAUUGUAGAUUUGAUGGAAAUGAAUUUCCAUGUGAUAAGCAUGUUCAACCAGGAACAAUAGCACAAAUAAAAUGUGCUUUCAUGUAUAAAAGAUCAAAAAGUAGAGAUAAUAGUGAUACUGUAUAUAUACAUUGUCAAAACGAUGGUAAUUGGACUAACAGUAAUUUCAAUUGUGAACAAACUUGUGGUACAAUUGGAAUAAAGGUUGCAUUCAGUGUAAAUAGUCAAGUAACUGAAGUUCAAAAAGUUCCAUGGCAAGUAGGAAUUUAUAUGGGAGACUCUAAUGGAAUAUACCAUCAUAUAUGUGGCGGAACUUUAGUCAAAUCAAAUGUUAUUAUAAGUGCAGCACAUUGUUUUUGGGAUCCUUUAGAAACACGAUUAUAUAACGAAUCGAAUUAUAUUGUUGCUGCUGGAAAAUUUUAUCGCGACUUUUAUUCACGUGAUGAACCAUUAGCUUUUCAAAUGUCUGAUGUCUCUAACAUAAAAAUACCGUCACAAUUUUCGGGAGCGGAUUAUGAUUAUGUAAGUGAUGUAGCUGUUGUAACAUUAAAAAACCAUAUUUUAUUUAAAAAUCAUAUUAGACCAGCGUGUUUGCCUUGGAAUCUUAAUGAAGAAAUUUUUAUAUUGAAUAACAAACAUGGUGUCGUUGCUGGAUGGGGUAUAACCAACACUGGAUCAUAUAGCCCAGAAUUACGUUCUGUUGAACUGACAGCAGUAGAUAGUGAUGAUUGUAAAAGAAAAGUGACGAGAAAUAAUAAAAUUCCAAAUGAUAAAUUUUGUGUGGACACUGACGAAGGGAGAAAUGUUUGUCGUGGUGAUAGCGGUGGUGGUUUUUUGGUACCUAUAUAUGAUGGUGAUGUAGCCUAUUACUACCUCUGGGGUGUUGUCAGUAAUGGUUUAAUUAACCCAGGAUCGGGCGAUAUAAUUUGUAAUUCGAAAUUUGUUACAACAUUUACAAAUCUGCAAUUAUAUCAAGGUUUUGUUACACAGUUAAAAAUUUUCCAUAGGGAUGAUGAAUAUGAUAUAGGAUGUUUGGUUCCAGAAAAAGUUUCUCUUCUGCUCAGAAAUAUCGAAACAGAUCGGUUUUUAAUUCCAGGUUCUUAUGUUGAAAAAAAUACUAAAAUCAGAUACGUUUGCCCUGUGGAAUACCUUCGUUUUGGUAAUCACACUACAAAUACUUGCGAUAAGGACUGGCUUAAUCCUCAUCCUGAAUGUAUAAGAGCCUGUACUCAACUAUAUUUUGAACGAAGCAUAAUUGCACGCUGCUAUUAUAAAGGAAAACAAAUUUAUUGCAAUCGACGACGUCUUAGACCCGGGACUAUAGCAAAAAUUGAAUGUGCUUACAUGUAUCAAAAACCCCAUAAUAAACUAUUUCAUGAAACGAUAACUUGUACAAAUAAUGGCUUCUGGGACAAUUUACCAACACAAUGUGAACAAAUUUGUGGAACAACUGAACCUAAAUUGAAAACAGAAGCAAAUAACACAGAAUUAAUUUUUAAUAGAACUCCUUGGCAAGUUUCUAUAUAUUACCAAGACAAAAAUGUACUCGCAUAUAAGUAUAUAUGUAGCGGAACUUUGAUUCAUUCUAAAAUAGUUCUUAGCUUAAUUUACUGUUUUUGGAAUUCCAAAAAUUCAGCUUUACACGAUUUAUCAAAUUAUAUGGUCACUGUUGGAAAUUUUUAUCGUGAUUAUUAUACCACAAUCAAUGAAACACAAGAAAUUCAAGCAUUAAAUAUUUCUAAGAUAUACGUCCCUGAUUCUUUUACGGAUGAAACUGGAGAUGAUGCCUUUCCAAUAGCUGUAAUAUUGUUAUAUUACCAUGUGGUAUUUAGAAAUCAUGUUCGACCUGCGUGCUUGAUUUUAGAAGCCAAUAACUCUAUAAAUGAGAAAUUAGGUGUGAUUGCAGAUUGGCGCGUUAAUAAUGAAGGUGUUUACAGCUCAGAAUUGUGUUCUAUCGAUUUAUUUCAUAAAAAUAACCCAGAAUGCAGUAAAAACUCUUCAAUUUCGAAAACAGAGCAUGAGAAGCAUUAUUGCUUAGGAGACAAUGGCAGAGGAUUAUUAAUUCCUAAAACAAUUAAUAAUACCAUAUAUUAUCAUCUUUUAGGAAUUAUUAGCAAUAAUCUUGCAAUACAAGGUAAUGACUCAGAUGAAUGUGAUUCUAAAUUUCGAAUAGUAACUUUCAAUAACGUUUCAAACUUUAAGUCAGACUUGAUGGAAAUCCUGAAAAAUGCAACUCAAUAUAUUAUUCUAUUUGAAUAAAUGUGUAUUUUCAUUAUAGUACAAUAA